AUGGCGUCGGAGUUUGAGGCUGUUGUAGGUGCAGAAAUUGCAAUGGUGGAGGUAGCAACAGCAGCUGAAGAUGGUGCAGAGAGAGCAGAAGCGCAGGGCGCAGCAACCGCAGAAGAGGGAGCGGGCACGGAAGAAGCAGGCAAAGGAAAAGACAACAAAGGAGCGACAGAGGAGGAAGAUAGUUGGUACUGA